ACCGACCUUCAAGGUGGUCAAACCCAUGCGGCCAGGUGCGACGGCAAACUUCAAUGAGCGCUCACGUGCUGGUCUUGGCGCAAACGUUAUCAAAUUUGUCGUCUGCCACUGGCCCCAGGCACUGCCGCGCGUCCCAUAGGUCUCGCUUCUAACGACUCGAGCGCCAAGUCAGCGUAGGUUCCCACUCUAGCCUUCUGCGCAAGUACCAAGUGAACAUCCUCGAGUUUCUGAGGAGUUGAACUAGCCUGUUCCGCGGGUAGCAAACAGUGGAAGGGUGUCUAUUUCCAGUGGCUGGUUUCUGUUUAGUCCACUUACAAUCCUAGCAUCUCUGCAAAGGGCUUGAUGUGUCGUGUCACCGCACGCGAGCUUCAACUUGAACCUUGGCAGCAAGGGGCUGUCGUGGUUCUUGAGGGCAGUCCUCUCUCGUACUUUCCAUUUUGCCUCACCUCCAGCAACCAUGGGUCUCGAAGACGGCAAAGACUACGAAGCGGUCGCCACUCCCAUCGACAAGGGCCUUGACGACGAGCCCUCUGUCGACAAGCCCGUCCAAGGCUGCUCCAUCCCGUUCAUGCUCAUCCUUUGCGCGCCCAAGAUGGCCAUGAACAUGGCCUGGGCCGCACAAUGGGCCGCCCUCGGCCCGCUCCUCCAGAUCCUCCUCUCGUCGUCGUGGGUCCAGGUCGUCCAACUUGUCGGGCCCACGACCGGUCUCCUCGUUGCACCGACGGUCGGCGUCCUCUCGGAUGCGAGCACGUCCAAGUACGGUCGUCGCCGCCCGUACAUUUUCUGGGGUGCGAUCACGAGCGCGCUCUGCUGGCUCGUCAUGAUGCACACGGUCGACAUUGGCGAGGCGCUCGGUGACACCAACACGACCAUGAUCAACAAGUACGUCGCCGACAAGACCGAGGACCUCAUCGACCGCAAGUGGACGACGUUCUUCACGGUCAUUUGCUACAUUUGGAUGGACAUUACGUGCAACUUGACCCAAGUGCCUGUCAACCUCAUCAUGGCCGACUUUGCCGGCGACCGCCAGGUCACGGCUGCCUCGAUCGGCGGCGCCUACUCGAUUGCCGGCUCCUUCGCAGUCUCGGGCUACAUCCUCUUCUUUGGCGCGGCGCACAAGACGAUCAAAUCGUUCAUGACGAUGCUCAUCGUGAUCAUGCUCGUGACGACGAUGGCGGUUGUGAUCUUUGUCAAGGAGACGCCGCACGUGCCGGUCGUGGCUCGCAAGAAGGGCACCGAGAUCAAGGCGGCGUUCGUGGCCGUCUGGACUGGUAUUCGCUUGCUGCCGUACACGCUUGCUGUCUACGCGAUCUGCUUUGUGCUCAUGCAGUACGGCUACACGGCCUACAACGGCGCGAAGGGCCAGUUCUUUGGCCUCGUCGUCAAGAACGGUAUCUCGACCGGUGCGGACAAGUGCGGCGACGAGUGCAACCAGCGCCAGAUCGACUUCAACGACGGUGUCCAGAUUGCAAGUGGCACGACCGACACCGUCUACAACUGCGGCAGUCUUCUCUGGCUCGCGGUGCUGCCGUACCUCGUGCGCAAGUUUGGUGCCAAGAACGUCAUCACGUACGGCACGGUGCCGCAAGUGCUCUUGAUUCUCAUGGCCUUCUGCAAGAACAUUCCCGUUGACAUUAUCAUUGUCAUUCUCUGCGGGAUCACGCAAAACACGAUCAACACGCUGCAGAUCCCGACGAUUAUGCACAUUGUCGGGCACGAAGCCGAAAACAACCUCGGUCUCUUUGCCGGCGCGUUCAAUUCGGCCAACUGCCUCGGCCAAUUCCUCAACUUUGCGUUCUCAAGUCUCCUUGUCAAGUCGGACAUGGGCUAUGCCCUCCCAGUGCUUGUCGGUGGUAUCCUUACCUUCCUCGCGCUCGUCAUUGCCUUCUUCAAGCUCGACCUCAAGAUGAACACGAUGUAAUCGUCACCUGCUGUCCUCUGUCUCUAUCAACACGUAGCGUUUUGUACUUAU